AACUUUAUGUUUCCACAUCAAUGUAGUAGUGAAUUAUACACAUUAUUUAAGAUUAUCUUUAAACAAUGAUACAAAAACAUGCAUUAUGUACCCCGUGAAAGAUGGAUUUGUCCAUAAAUAGAAGAGGAAAUCAAUUGAAUAAUGGCUGACCUGAUGUGAUGAACAAAAGAGAAUGACAUAUUUGGUGUUAGAAUAGAUCUAUUACUGUGUAAGCCAUUUCUUUAAGAAUGGCUGAACUAUUAUCAGUUCAUUGUCAUAUACCUUUGAAUAAUGACAAAAUUUUAAGGCAGUCCAAAAGUGCUGGAUUUUCGAAACCAAAUGAUCAAAGUCUAAACAUUGGACCUAAAAGCAAAUAUGACCUUCCUAAGAAAAGACAUUUUGAUAUUGAAUUUAGAGAUCUGAAAUACUCAGUCAAGGAUGGACACCAUAAAGGUCGGAAGGAGAUUCUGAAGGGAAUCUGUGGUAACUUCAAAUGUGGAGAGUUGACAGCCAUUAUGGGGCCCUCUGGGGCAGGGAAGAGUUCUCUCAUGAACAUCCUGGCUGGUUACAGGACAAGCGAUAUCGAGGGUGAGAUUUUGGUUCGUAAGAAGGAACGUGACCUGCGUGCAUUCCGUAAGUACUCAUGUUACAUCAUGCAGGACGACCAUCUCCUGCCCCACCUGUCUGUGGAAGAAGCCAUGAUGUGCUCUGCCAACCUCAAACUCGAGGAGAAAAUGCCCAUGUCUGAGAAGGAGGACAAGGUUGAUGAUAUCUUGGAUACACUAGGCUUGAUGGAUCAUAAGAAGACACGCACCAGUAACCUCUCAGGGGGCCAGCGUAAACGACUCUCCAUCGCCCUGGAGAUGGUCAACAACCCACCCAUCAUGUUUUUUGAUGAACCAACCAGUGGCCUGGACAGCUCCUCAUGUUUCCAGUGUAUCACACUGUUAAAGAACCUCGCUGCCGGGGGCCGCACCAUCAUCUGCACCAUCCAUCAGCCCAGCGCUAAACUCUUCAUGAUGUUUGACCAUCUGUACAUGUUGGCAAGUGGAGAGUGUGUAUACAAGGGAAGCAUCAAACAACUCCUGCCGUACUUCAAGUCCAUCGGCCUCGAGUGUCCCCCCUACAACAAUCCGGCUGACUAUGUGAUGGAGGUGGCAGCAGGAGAGACUGGUGAAGACAAGGUGACACUGCUUGUUCAGAAUGUCCGCUCUGGGAAUAUGGACAAAUACAUGGCUAGUCACACCCCAGCCAUGUCUAACAGGACAUCUAAGAGCAGUAUGUCAUCUAUCGCGGAGGCUCCGGAGCUGGUAUCCGGGGAUAACACAGAGAAUGACAGUCUCCUAGCAGCCAAUGGUGACCCUGGCGACCACUAUCUUGCCAUUGAUGAAAAACACUCGGACAUAACGCCAAACUCAUCGCGGGCAAGUACACCUUGUUCUGACAUGGUUGCCAAGCAAUCCGCCAGUGACUCGGAAACAGACUCUUCCCUCAGUGAGCAGAUGUAUGGUGACCAUGAUCAUGACAAUUUCAACACCUCCGGCUUCACACAGUUCAAGAUUCUCUUUAUACGGACCUUCAUGUCAAUAAUGAGGGACGCUACAUUGACACGGUUACGCCUGAUUGCCCAUGUGACAGUGGGUAUUCUGAUUGGCCUACUAUACUUAGGCAUUGGUAAUGAGGCUACAAAAGUGUUCAACAAUGCGGGAUGUCUCUUCUUCACGAUCCUUUUCCUGAUGUUCUCCGCGCUCAUGCCAACUGUCCUGACUUUUCCCAUGGAGAUGACGGUGUGUGUACGAGAGCAUCUCAACUACUGGUACAGCCUGAAAGCCUACUAUCUAGCCAAAACAAUGGCGGACAUGCCAUUUCAGAUAAUCUUCCCGCUUAUCUAUGGAAGUAUAGUGUACUUUAUGACAUCCCAGCCGAGCGACCUGAUGCGCUUUGUCAUGUUCCUCACACUCGCUAUACAGACAUCACUCGUCGCUCAGUCUCUUGGGCUUCUAAUAGGGGCAGCUACAUCACUUCAGGUUGCUGUAUUUUUGGGACCAAUAACCGGAAUACCUCUCCUCCUAUUCAGCGGAUUUUUUGUCAACUUCGACACCAUACCUAUAUACCUGCAGUGGAUUUCCUACAUGUCCUACAUCGGGUAUGCAUUUGAGGGUGUGCUGCAAGCUGUGUAUGGGUUCGACCGAGCCACGCUAGAUUGUUUGAAAGAUGAGAGAAGUCCAGAAUGUCGCUACCUUGACCCAGAAAAUGUUCUCACUGAUCUUGACGUGGACAAGGCUGAGUUCUAUAUUGACUUUAUAGCUCUGUGUGUUUUCUUUGUUGUACUGCGUGUAAGCUGCUACUUCGUUCUACGAUGGAGAGUCAAGGCACAAAGAUGAAAAGGUUGUUGGGACAUUGUACAUACGAGUGUAUUGCAGAACAGAUCGAUCCCAUUGUCAGAUUUACUACGAUCAUAAAUCAGGUCUAAAAGAGGCAUUGAAUGUUCCUGAAACAUGGCAAGGGGUCCUAAGAUGUACAGAUAUUGUUAUGAAUAUUGGACGAAACAAGUUGUUAUGUGAUCAAUUAUUGAACAUGUGAUAGUUGCCUGUUGUCUUAAACUAAAAUUAGCAUGGUCGCCUUAGUCAAUAUACAGGGGUUCUGAAGGUCAGAAUUAGUCUUGAAACCGGGAUUGAGAGCUUUCAACUUCAGACUAUCGUACAAUUGUAAAGAUAGUUUGUGCUCAGACAUUUGCAUCAAAAUCAGAAGGAAGGGGGUCUUAGCCCAUUUACCCCGCUUUGGGCAUACUCAAAAAGACCCCUGGCUAUUUUGGGGAUUGACAAUUACCAGCUGCCGGAACUCCUGUAUUUAGGCAUUGGUGUCCUUAGUCUAUAUAGAAUUAUGGGCAUUGGUGUCCUUAGUCUAUAUAGAAUUAUGGGCAUUGGUGUCCUUAGUCUAUAUAGAAUUAAGGACGUUAGUGUCCUUAGUCUAUAUAGAAUUAUAGGCAUUGGUGUCCUUAGUCUAUAAAGAAUUAUGGGCGUUAGUGUCCUUAGUCUAUAUAGAAUUAUGGGCAUUGGUGUCCUUAGUCUAUAUGGAAUUAUGGGCGUUUGUGUCCUUAGUCUAUAUAGAAUUAUGGGCAUUGGUGUCCUUAGUCUAUAUGGAAUUAUGGGCGUUUGUGUCCUUAGUCUAUAUAGAAUUAUGGGCAUUGGUGUCCUUAGUCUAUAUGGAAUUAUGGGCGUUUGUGUCCUUAGUCUAUAUAGAAUUAUGGGCAUUGGUGUCCUUAGUCUAUAUAGAAUUAUGGGCGUUGUUUGCCAAGUGUAGAACUGGAAUGGUCAAUCAUGUUUCAUGUCUUUCUAGUUUAUUAUAUUUUGACAAUUCUUUUUAUGACCUUGAGCUUGUGUAACUGUUGAAGUAAAAGGGUUAUCAGUAGUUUGUUAUUUUACUUCAUGUCUGUAAUAUAUUAUUGAGAACUAAGUGUUUGUAAAGGCGGAAAGCAUAUGAUAGGAUGUUGAUUCUAUUUAGUAUUUAAGAAUAUCUGCAAAAAAUAAUUUCUAUCAGUAUAUAAUUUUUAUUAUAAUGACUAAAUGCUGGAUGUACGUAAGCUGAUAAAUAUUGAUUGUGUUCUGUGUUUUAAUUAUUUAUGUUCUCUUCAUUAUUAUGAUGAAUUUUUCUGCAUGCAUUAUACUCAGGAAAUAUUUUGUUAAAUUUGAAAAACGUUAAAUAGGGCUUUUGUUUAAGUGUUCUAACCAGUGCUGUUAUCCAAAUGACCUUGAACUCAGUGGAAUCCCUGAAAACUAGAAAAAAAAGAUACAGGGGUUAUUCACAAUAUUUUGUGGGUUUGUAACGAAAGGGUACCAAGCACCGUUGAAUUAUGUAAAGCUUGAGAACCUACAGGUACUAAACCCACAAUAUAUACCCAAGGCUAAAUAUAUUAUGAAUUCUAGUCAACAUAUUCAAACACAUGAAAUUAAGAACAAAAGAAAAAUCAUUUACAUCAGAAUAUUUGUUACAAACAUGCAUUUUGUUUUCAAAAUAAUCGUUGUACAUUUAGACAUACACGUUGGCGAGUGGAAAUUCUCAUCAGAGGUGAGAUAAAAUUGUUUGAUUUCAAGUGGUUUCCUGUAUCAUAACAAAUCAAAGAAGAAAGAUCAUUUGAGUAGCUCUCUAAUGAUUUGGUGACCACAAAGAAAUUUGUAUCAUGUUAUCGUUUUUUAUGGAAUAUUCUACACCUAUAUGUAUAUGCAACUGCUUGGUUUUCACCUAGUACUUUCUUUCACAUGCGUGUAUAUAUAGAGGUCACUUAAUCCUGUAAUUUGUCUUUAAAUAUGUUUAUGUCUCUCCAUCACUGUAGCGGGGGUGGGGGGGGGGGGGGAUGGUUGAUUUCUAUUUGCAAGGUAAUUUUUUUGCAUGAUUUUGUCUGGGUUUUAUACAAGUUUGGAUGAGGAUUUGUUUGCGCGUGUCCAGAAGGCGCUGAAACCCUUCCGUGUAAAUGUGAUCAAUAUAUUUUGUUUGUUAAAGUUACUUAUGCAUAACAUGAUAGAUUUGCAACUAUCAAAAUGAAAAGAAACCCCUUGUGAAAUGUAACCUAUAGAAUCAGCAAAAUUACUGUUUGUGAUCAAGUUUGAUCAGUAUGUGAUGUCUUAUGUGAUGUCUUACAUGAUGUCUUACGUGAUGUCUUACGUGAUGUCUUAUGUGAUGUCUUAUGUGAUGUCUUACAUGAUGUCUUACGUGAUGUCUUACGUGAUAUCUUAUGUGAUGUCUUAUGUGAUGUCUUACAUGAUGUCUUACGUGAUGUCUUACGUGAUGUCUUAUUUGAUGUCUUAUGUGAUGUCGUACUUGAUGUCGUAUAUGAUGUCAUACGAAAUGAUGUUUGAUAUUAGUACAUUAUCUUCCAAUAUUCCAAUCUUUGUUGUUAAUGAUUUUACUUCAUUUUACUGAAUUUAUAAUAACGAAAAAUCUUUAUUAAUUUUUUUUUUGUUUUGAAAACUUUAUAAGACCUGUUAAUAUAUUUUUGAUAUUGUUAACAAAUGAACUCUGACAUUUGUGAGAUUAUUCAGUGUUGAGCUAUUUGAAUAUGCUUGUGUAUGAAAUGUGUUAAGCUAUUUGAAUAUGCUUGUGUAUGAAAUGUGUUAAGCUAUUUGAAUAUGCUUGUGUAUGAAAUGUGUUAAGCUAUUUGAAUAUGCUUGUGUAUGAAAUGUGUUAAGCUAUUUGAAUAUGCUUGUGUAUGAAAUGUGUUAAGCUAUUUGAAUAUGCUUGUGUAUGAUGUGUUAAGCUAUUUGAAUAUGCUUGUGUAUGAAAUGUGUUAAGCUAUUUGAAUAUGCUUGUGUAUGAAAUGUGUUAAGCUAUUUGGAUGUGCUUGUAUAUGAACUAUUUUCUCCUGUGUUACUCAUAUUGUCUGUUUGACAUGUAAAUAAUGUGCUGUUACGUGUUUAUUCAUUCCUGGCUUCUUUGGAAUCCUUUUGCCCAAUUUAAAAUUCUCAAUUUGAAUUAAAGUUUGGUAUAUAUAUAUUUAAAUAUAUAAUUUGUUGUCCCUAAGAAGUUAUCAGAAUGUUGAAAACACCUAUAUAUUAGAAAUAUUUGAAAAAAAUAUUAGCUAUAACUUUUGUUGACCUUCAUAUUAUAUCUUUGACAUGUUAAACUGUGAUGUUAAUUUUGUGCUUAUUGUUGGCAAUAACUCAUUUAUUGGAUGUUGUCACGUUUUGAAACUUGAGGUAUGCUUUGUAAUAUUAUGUAAAGAUUAUUUCCCUAUCAUAUGAAGUGUUUAAUGUGUAGAGGGAGACUAUGUAAAUAUUAUACUGAUAAAACUAUUGCAAACACAUUGUUUUGACCUUAACUAUUGCAAACACAUUGUUUUGACCUUAAAAGAUUGAAAUAACGGCCAUUUCACUUCUGUUUUGUAGUUUAGAUGAAGAAUUUUGCAAAAGUACAAACUGCCAUAACUUAAUCUCUUAUUUAUUUUCCAUAAUAGUAAUCAGUAAGAAUUACCAUUUCAAAUUAUUCCAAAAUGUUAUGGGAAUCGGGCGACCAGGCAUUACGAUAUAACAUUACGGUCAUUGAUUGCAUGAUAAAACAAAAAUCUUACCUGAACAUAAAAUAUGUUUAAAAAAUAUUAAUUUAAAUAGACCAUGAUUUUUACAAACUUUGUAUAUAUAUUAUAUUUGAAUCUAUUUCUCAUAGUUUUUUAUAGUAAUCCUUGUGGCGCACAAUCAACUACACCUAUAAUAGAUGUGUUUGUUUCUUCAUCACUAAAAUGUCUGGUAUUAUCAAUGGUUCAUAUUUAUUUGAAUGUACAUUAUUAUAUAUACAUUACAUAAAGUAAAGUGCUGAUUUCUAAGACACACCAAGCUCUUGGUAAAUGCAGAUAUAUGUUGUUAAUAAUGUCAGUUCAUCCAGUUUUUACUAUUUUUCCACUGUUUGGUCUUGUGGUGUUUCAUUUGCUGACAAUUUAAAUCACAAGGAAUGUUGAAUUGGUGGUCGAUUUUCUCCCUAUUCUGGAAACAAAACCCCACACUAGAUACAUAUUUUGAUGACAUCUAUGUAUAGGAUGAAGUAUAAUAGACUAAGUAAUUACUUCAAAUGAAUAUUUGCCCAGAUUUUGACCAGACUAAAAUUUGGUUUGUACAAGAAGCCAUGUGCAAUCUGUGACGAAGACUGUUGUAGAUAUAUAUAGAUGUGUAUAUACAUGCAUUUCUUGUUUCUUUUCUGUGUUGUUAGCAGAGAUAUUUUUGUUAGAUAUUAACCUAGAAUAUUUGUUCUGUGCUUUUGAAUUUCUUUAAGCAUGCUUUACACACUUCUUUAUAAGAUUCUGUACAGACUCUGCUUUUGUUUGCCUUCUAUUUUGAGAUUGAUGUCAAGGAUGGAAAUGCACAUGUAGUAAAGUUGAAAAUGAAGAAAAAAAUAAUAAGCAACAUCAUGAAAACAUAACAUGUGUAUGGAGUCCUAUAACAUGUGUAUGGAGUCCUAUAACAUGUGUAUGGAGUCCUAUAACAUGUGUAUGGAGUCCUAUAACAUGUGUAUGGAGUCCUAUAACAUGUGUAUGGAGUCCUAUAACAUGUGUAUGGAGUCCUAUAACAUGUGUAUGGAGUCCUAUAACAUGUGUAUGGAGUCAUAUAACAUGUUUAUGGAGUCCUAUAACAUGUGUAUGGAGUCCUAUAACAAUUGUAUGGAGUAUACAUAUGCAUGUACGUAAUGUUUCGAAAACAACAGUAUUUUAAGAGAUUUAUUUUUUUUACUUUAUUUUGACUUUUGUUUACAACCAUUAUUACUAGUAGUUGUUUUUUCCACAGAAUAAGGACCUUUUUAUCUAAAUACAAUCUUCUGUUAGCUGGAUUGGAAGAAAUAAUUUGAGGUAUUGUCAUAGCCUUCGUGCUGUUGUGGUUGUGCAAUAUGGGUAGACAGGUUCACUAUGACCAUACAGACAUGUUCCAUACCUCUGGCUGAACUGUUGAUAGGGUUAUGCCCCUUAUCUGACUGGGACACAGAUGAGCGUUGACAUCCUCUCACAGUGCUCUUGUUCACUGAUACAUUAAUGCAAAAUGGGGUUACUGGUUUGGUGAUUGGGUUUGUUUGAAGUGGGAAAAGUUGUAGGCUCAACGUUCUGAUAGUCAGGACUUGUCCACUUAACACGGCAAGUUAUUGGUUUUAUGAAUGUAUUGUUCCUAUAAAGUGAUGAUACUAUUGUGUUUUCAUUUUACAUUUUGAAUAUUUUUGCACUGGAGGCUUUUGUUCAUAACACCAAAUCCGGUAUUCCAAUUUGUCUCUUCGUUAUUAAAAACCUGUAUAAUAUUCAUUAAUGAAUAAAAUAGAGAAGA